AUUUUCAUUUUUUUUAUUAGUAGUUUUACCAUAUUUUGAUUAGUGCUAUGAGGAUGAGGUUGUUUGGUAGCUCAGAAAAUUCUAAUAUUUUUCAAAGAGUUUGUAGAAUUUUAUUUAAAAUGAUGCAGGACGGUGACGACUUCUCCAAUACCUUGGAAUUAUUGAUAAAGAAAAAAAUCUGCAUUUAAUUAACAAUAUCAGCCACUGGUUUUUCUUCUCUUCUUUUCCUUUUAUCUUUCCCACAGUCCCACUUUCUUUGAAGCAAGGAGGAAGAUGCCAACCAUGGUUUUCUCGGCAUUCUCUUCUUUCUCAAGCACGAACUUCACAGUCUCUGAAAAACCCAUUAACCAUCAGAACAAAAUCAAAAUUCUUUGCUGUAAAAAACUGAAAACUUCCUCUUUUUCUUCCUCCUUACAGUUUCACAUUGUUCUGCAAAAGUCUGUUCUUCCCUUGGCUGCUUCACUCACUCUUCUUCUCUCAGUAAAUCCAGCUAAAGCAGGAUUAUUAUCAGGAUUCUCUGGAAUAGAAUCAGUUCCUGGUCCUCAGCUACCUCAGAUUGAUUUUCUCAAUCGGCUAAAUGAAGAGAAUCAGAAGAAGUAUGCAGAGAAUGAUGCAAGAUUUAAGUCAUCACCCUUGCUCAAGGAGCUGCUUGAGCGGUCCAAGCUGAACAAAGAAAAGAACUGGCAGAAAAUUCAAGAGAAGUAUUGCAUUCGAGGGGCGGAGUGGGGAGUGGGAGAUUGUUCGGCAGAGGGAAUGUCAGCGGAGGACAGGGAGAACUUCAUUGCGAUGUUGAAGAAAAAUGCUGGAGAAUGAAUAAAUUCUUACAUGUAAUAGAACUAGAAGCAUUGUUCUGAAAUCCAAUAAUUAAAUUCAUCAUAUAUACCCUAUUCUCCUCGAAUUGAAUAUGCCAUUAAUGGUUUUUGUGAAGGAUGAUGUGACUCUCUUGUAGUGGUUUCUCAUGACGAUAUGCAUCAUAGUCCAGUAUGGAGGAGGCUAGUAGGUUGCUGUAUGCAUAUCUCCCCCUCAUAGUCGCAUUUUUUGAUUUUCACCCAACUCCCUCGAUGUACAUUUUUAGUCAGGUAUGGAAGCUAGUAAAUUGUAGUAUGCAUC